CGUAGGCAGCGGCUCCCAGGUGGCGCGCGGGGAUCUUGCGUCACGGCGACGCGCCGGCGCGGCCCGGAAGUGGAGGUGGCGGCGGGAGGCGUUACCCGUGGAGCUUUCCUUUUAGAUAAAGGCCUACAGAAAAGAGGAUAUGUUGAGCUUUUUCCGAAAAAACCAGGACACUAAAAAGGUGUCUGUGCCAGAAAGAGAAGUAGAUGGAUUUGUUUUUGUGGGUGAUGUGUUUGAUGAACAAAGAAGAGGAUCUAAAGAUAAAACUUCAUUUCCUGAGACAGGAGCUACAUACACCAAACCUAUGCAGAUAAAUACCGAAAGCCAAUCACAUUUGACCAUACCGGGUGCUGAGGUGGGAAAUCGGACAAGUCAAAAUUUGGAGAGCAGUCCUUUCAUGUCAGAGCUCCUCAGUGAUAUACCCUUCACCCUGGCACCACAUGUACUAGCAGUACAGAACACCUGUAAUGAGCUUCCAGACCAGUUGGCUGCCUGCAACAUCCAUGACAAUUUAGCAAGAUUUUGGUAUGAUUUUACCCUUGAGAAUUCUGUGCUUUGUGAUUCGUAAUGUCUUAAUCUCUAUCUCCCUUAGAAUUUGCACCUUGUCUACUUGAAGAUGCAUACACAAAUAUCCGAAGUUCUUAAAUAUUUGUAGUUUGCCAUUUGCCUAACACGUGUAUAAAAUGUAAAAAUUAUCCUGUACCGUUCUGUAUUCCUUAAUGUAAUCUUUUAUUGCACUUUAAACUUAUGUAUUAAAUUUGUUCUCAGAAUAAUCAAGCAGAUCUAUUAGAGUUUUGUUUAAUCCUGAGUGAGAUAUCAUCUGUUGAUAAUAUCAGUUCUUGACUUUCAACAGGUAGACUGCAAAUGUGCACCACAUCAUUAUUUCUACCUGUGAAGUUCAUGAACUUCCACAGUUAACAUUUUACUGAUACCAAAAAUUCAAAGCCUAUUAUACAUGUUUCUUUUAUAUUAUCCAUGAUUUUCCAGGGAUAGAAAUUAAAAUUUACUGUGAAUAAAGUACUGCUGUUUUGCUAAGAACAGGCAGUCAAAUCUUCAGUCUCAAAAGCAACUUUUUGAACUUCUACAGAAUGCUUACUGGCUUCCAUCUUUAACAUGCUUGAGUAGACUCUGCCAUAUGCAGUAUAAAACUAAAACUAGUCAGCCGGUCUCUUUCAUUAGACAUUGCUGUCCAUUUUAUUCUGUCACUUUUGCAUCUCUUUCACUGUCUUUCUCAAACAUUCUGUCUUUGACUGCUCUUUAGUUGCACUGUUUUCACUGCCACAUAUGUUCUUGGUUUAUGCAUAGAUCAGUUUUUCCAUUUUAACUUUGCCCCCUAAAGAAAGAAAUCUCAGGAUGUGUACUUUUAAUGGUCACGCCCUUCUUUUUUUUAAUUUGUGGCCAGAGAUAUAGAUGGCCAUGCUUAACUACUGGAAAAUAUUAAAGUGUUUCUUCUUCAACUAAAUUAAAUGGCAAAAUACCUAAACUUUUCUUUCAAGCCUUGACUAUAUAUAUUUUAUUCCAAGUACAACCUUGCUAAACUGCUUUUGCCUAGUGAAUUGCUUAACUUGUAAUGUGUGUGAAUAAUUCUUCACAUGCAAGAUUAAAUGAUUUGACUGUAGGGAUAAAAAUAUGCCAACUGUAAGUGGGUAUUUUCAUAAGGAAUGUGAGAUACAGGAUAUCUAAAAAUGUUUAUUCAGGUUUUCAAACUUGUGUGGUUUUAAGAUAUUUGCAAUACAUACUAUAAAUAAUAGAGAAGUUAUAUUGUAAAUAGAUAUUGGUUUGUUAAAAGGUUUAUUUUGAUUUUUUUUAAAAAGGUUUGCAUUUCCUGAAGUUUUUUAAACUGUUGGUAUCUAUGUUUAUACAUAUGAUUUGAAAUGCUUGUUUUCAUGUAAAAUUCCUAUACUGCACUUAAAUAAAAACUGUGGUAAUAUU